GUUUGGUUGGUAUUUAGGAUGUGAAGUGUAAUGUCAGUCAGUAAAAUCUGACAUUUCCUUAAUCUUCUUUGAGUAAAUAUUAUUGCAAUAAAUAAAGGACAAUUUAUAGAAAUAAUCAAAGUAUUGCAAUCAUUUUGGUUUUUGACAUUUACAAAUUCGGCAUCGCUUUAUUAAUUGUAAAGUUAGGCAUCAAAUAAUAAUUGUGAAGAGCGCCUGGUGUAUAUUGACAAAAUGCAUCUUGGGGUAAAUAUAUCGAAUGCUUUGCAACAAUUAGAGAGUGUAAAAGCAGCUGUAGAUCAGAGUGAUGACCCAAAGUUAAAGGCUGCAACAAAUGAUGAUCUAAACAUGCUGAUUAAUUUAUUGGAAAGUCCUAUACUUAAAAGUAUAGCUACUUUACAAGAUUCAGUGGGAAUGCUAGCUACUCAGGUUGCACACCACCCAUCAAUUAUUCCUGGCGACUUUGAUAUAACACCAGCAGGUGACCUAGCUCUUCAAGCUCGGAAUUUGUAUGGAGGCCAUGAAGGUGAGGAAGAGCAGCGGGUUCCCCAGGUGUCCCCACCACACAGCCUGGAGUUUGGUUCCAGUUCUGACAAUGAAAGGAUUCUAGGUCUUGAUAGUGGCUCUGUUGACUCUAAUAUGUCUCCUAAAAUGAACCAUGGUUUGCUUGAUUUGUCAAGGGCUGAUGAAACUCUUGGAUCAAUGUCUCACAGUAUUGUAGGGAGUGACUGGGCGCAAGUUGAAAUCAUCAACUUAGUUAAUGAUGGCACUGGAUUAGGUUUUGGUAUAAUUGGGGCAAGGACAAGUGGUGUUAUAGUUAAAACCAUACUAGCUGGAGGAGUUGCUGACAGAGAUGGUCGUCUCAAAUCUGGAGAUCAUAUCUUGCAAAUUGGAGAUGCGCACCUGAUGGAGAUGGGCUCGGAACAGGUGGCGGGCGUGCUGCGCGCGUCGGGGUCGCGCGUGCGCCUGGUGGUGGCGCGCGCCGCCGACCCCGCCGCGCCGCCGCCCCCGCCGCGCGCCGCGCCGCCCGCGCCGCUCGUGCCCGCCAGAUUACUAUCCGAUCCUGAGGCGCUGGACCGCUACCUUUUGGACGCAGGCUUCGAGCAAGUGUUCCACACUCAACCAACACCGCUGGCUCACAACUCCAACGUAUCCAGAUUUGUGUUUGACCGCUCCAUGACACCACCACCCGACACUGAUGCAGAAUCGCCUGAGGUCGACAGAUUUACGGUACAGUUGAAAAAAGACGAAAAUGGUCUCGGAAUAACAAUAGCAGGCUACGUAUGCGAGAAGGAGGAGCUGUCAGGUAUAUUCGUGAAGUCUGUGACGCCGGGCAGCGCGGCGGCGCUCAGCGGCAAGGUGCGCGUCAACGACCGCAUCGUGGCGGUGGACGGCGCCUCGCUCGCCGGCAAGUCCAACCAGAGGGCCGUCGACGCGCUCAAGCAGAGCGGCAAUGUAGUCACUCUGGAGCUAGAAAGGUAUCUCCGCGGUCCGAAGUUCGAGCAGCUGCAGCAGGCGAUAGCGGCGGGCGAGUCUGCCGCGGCCGCGGCGCCGCCACACAACCCCUUCCUGCAUAUGCAUCGGCCCGACUCGCUCACCUCACCUGAGCUUGACAUACAGAUGACGCCAAUGACGCCCAUACACAACUCUAUUGCCGCGGAGAGUGCAGUAGAGGAAGUGGUGAGUGGGUCUCCGCCGCCGCCGCCCGUACCGGCCGCGCCGCGCCCGCAGCCCGCCUUCGAGAUGCCGCGCACGCAGGAACAGAAGGACGCCAUCAAGAGGAAGUGGCAGGCUAUACUGGGUUCGGACGUGGAGAUCGUGGUGGGCGUGGUGGUCCGCGGCGGCGGCGGGCUGGGCAUCUCGCUGGAGGGCACCGUGGACGUGGAGGGCGGGCGCGAGGUGCGGCCGCACCACUACGUGCGCAGCGUGCUGCCCGAGGGGCCCGUGGGCCGCGCCAGGGUGCACCGCCCCGGGGACGAGCUGCUCGAGGUGAACGGUCACCGGCUGCUGGGCAUGAACCACUUGGAGGUGGUGUCGAUCCUAAAGGAGUUGUCUAGUGAGGUGUGCAUGGUGUGCGCGCGGCCGCGCCCCGCACCCCCUAUCGACCUCGCGCCGCCCGCCGCCACGCUGGUCAAGGCUAAAUCUGAUGGAAGCUUAGCUGGGGCUGGCGCCGAAGAGGGUGGGUCUCUAUCUGCGGGAGGCAAAGUGCGCUCGCGCAGUCUAGAGCCUUUAACGGGAUUGGCUAUGUGGUCGUCCGAGCCACAAAUUAUAGAGCUGGUGAAGGGUGAGCGUGGUCUCGGGUUCUCGAUCCUGGACUACCAGGACCCGCUGCGGCCGUCGCACACGCUGGUGGUGAUCCGCUCGCUGGUGCCCGGCGGCGUGGCGCAGCAGGACGGCAGGCUCAUACCCGGGGACAGACUGCUCUUCGUUAAUGAUCAGAACUUGGAAGACGCAAGCCUCGAGCAAGCUGUAGCAGCAUUGAAAGGCGCCCCGCGUGGCGUGGUCCGCAUCGGCGUGGCCAAGCCGCUGCCGCUGGCCGACGCCCCGCCGCCGCUGCCGCCCACCGCGCCGCCCACUACACAACCCUAGGUAACCACUGCGCUAUACACCGAGCGGGACUAGGCUGCUGUGUCUAAGGGGGAAAGGGUACGAGAGGAACUUACCCUUACCUACCAGGACUUACCCAAGGUGGCAGGCUCCUGGUUCCACACGGUCUAUACUCGCAAAUAUCCCAAAACACACCUAACAACAGACUAAGUACUAAAACCAUUCCUUGAAUACAUUCCAUUGUAACCGUUGGUGAUGUUGUAUAAGUACUUUCCUAUUUUUUUUCUUUAUUUUUUAUGAACGGUGAACAUUUUGUCACCGAUUGACGACUAAUUAUAAUUGUGAAACUAAACAAUCUGUCUUAUUGUGCUUGUAAUCUAAGACCCGGUCAUGCACUUGAAGUUAUAGAGUAGGAGGGAUGAAUAGUUACUAAUUUUGUAUAGCAAUCCUACCGUUCAUGGUAUCGUGUGGGUUUAUUUUUACAUAAAUACAGUUUCUAUAAAGGUCAUCAAAAACGAUUAGCUUAUUCUGCAUUCUUAUCUUGUAAAUCCUAUACAAAAUUUUCUUUGCACUCUGUUUGAUGGUGUACGAAUAAAAUCUCCUUUGACGUAUAUUUCGCAUUUAAUUGUACUUAGUAUUCAGACGUUUGUGUGAUGGUUUUAUUAUAUAUUCAAUAUUCUAGUACCUUUUAGCUGUUAUUCAAACACUAAUUUGUUGUAACAGCCGUUUGUGAACGAACGAGAAUGAAUUUUAUGAAUUAGUAAGUAUUAUUUUAAAUGUUCAAACCUAUCCUAAUAUUGACAAUAGGGAUUAUGGCAGUGUAGAAAAUAGUCCAUCAGUUGGAUAAUAAAAACAUAAAACAUUUGUAUUUUUUGUCGAAUUAAGAAAAAGCCUUAACCAAUAAGUGAGAAUUCAUAACUAUGAAAAGUCCUGAAUAUGACACCAGGCAAUGGACACUAUAGGGUUUAGGUCUUUUAAUCAUUUCUAUAAUCGCUUAAAUUUCAUAUUUUAUUUACAAGCAACGAUCUAUAAUUUAAAUAUGCAAUAAUCGAUCUAUUUGUGUAGAAAAAUAACAUUUUUAUUGUACUUAAUUACUUUAGGAUUUCUAAACUGUGUAUUUCCCGGUAUUAAUAGUAAUUCGGCAAUAUUAUUUUAUCAAAUAAUAACAAGAAUUUAAUUUUAUGUGAUAUCAGACAGAUAAAAAUAAUAAUGUUUAAUAAUGUUUGUUUAAUAGCUAAUGAAAAUGAAUUAAAUGAAAUAAUAUAUAAAAAAUGAGUUUGUACAGUAACAAUUACUUGGCAACAUUUUAAUCGAAUUUUUCAAACUAGUAACGUACGUGCCAAAAUAUAAAAAAAAAACAUUUAAAAAACCUGACUUAAAUAAUGAAAUCGUGACAAUAUUCUAUAAUACUGUGUGUUAGCUCUAUUCAGUAAUGGGUGCAAGUGUUGAAUAAGUGAGGUGCGUUUUCUUUAACUCAUGACUUAUGUUUAAACUAUAAAAGUAAUAAUUUAUCAAAUUCAGCUUUAUUUCAAGUUUGAAAAUAACGAUAUAAGUUUCGUGUCAAUCCUUUUAGGUCAAUUGUAUUCUUAGUAUCCCAUUUUUUAAAAAUACUACUAAAAAGUCUUUUUGUGCAAAUUUAAACUUUUUGAUUUGAGAUCCUUUAUAUCUUUUUGGAUAAAAAGAGUACUUAUUUGUAGUGAUUUUUUUGUUUAUGGUAAGGGCUAACCCUAUAUCUUCAGGUUUAAAUUAAUCUGUUACACGUAUUAUAAGUAAAUUGAAUUUAAUAAUUUAAUGUAAUUUAAGAUUAUGAUAAAAUGUGUCUCACUGCAAAA